AUGCCUCUCCAAACAGGUUUGUUUCUUUCCUUACUCUCCCAUUUGGUCGCUGGAAUGCAUGUACAAAAGGGCAGGCCCUCAAAGUGACUUUCCAAUCUGUUUUUGUGGUUCCAGCCAAGUUCCCUUUAACGUAUGGAGCCGGCGAAGCCGAGCUGACUUGCUGAGAGUAUCGCAGACCUCGGGCGCAGCUGCUGCUUUAAGUGGCACUGUGUGAUAAUACAACAGCUCUGCUAUUUACUGGAACUCAAGUGCCUGCACUGGCACACAGGGACGGUAUAUGAAAUCCGAAAGCAUGAGGAUAAAGGAGAUUUCCUUGCGGCAGGAUCCCGACCUAAGAAAGGAGUUGGCACUGUUGGCUCGAGGAUGUGACUUUGUUUUACCAUCUAGAUUCAAGAAGAGACUGAAAGCUUUUCAGCAGGUCCAGGUUCAGACAAAGAAGGAAGAACCUUUGCCACCAUCGCUUAGUCAGACCAUUCCAACUUUCUAUUUUCCUCGAGGAUGUCCUAAGGAAAAAGUGAAUAUAGAUGCUGUGAUUUCCAAAAUUGAAAGAACUUUCUCUGAAUUUCCAAAUGAGAGGGCAACUUUAGAAGAUAUGGGGAAAGUUGCGAAGGCUUGUGAAUGCCCACUUUACUGGAAAGGUCCCUUGUUUUAUUGUGCUGGAGGUGAAAGAACAGGAUAUGUGUCAGUUCAUAAAUUCGUUGCAAUGUGGCGGAAAAUACUUCAGACCUGCUAUGAUGAUGCUGCAAAAUUUGUCCAUCUUCUGAUGAACCCUGGAUGCAACUACUUGGUGCCCGAAGACUUCAUUCCAUUUUUACAAGAUGUGGUGAAUAGUCAUCCUGGCCUUUCCUUUUUAAAAGAAGCAUCUGAAUUUCAUUCUCGAUACAUCACCACAGUUGUACAGAGAAUAUUUUAUACGGUAAACAGGUCCUGGUCUGGGAAAAUCACUUGUAAUGAGCUCAGGAAAAGCAACUUUUUGCAGAACGUGGCAUUAUUGGAAGAGGAAGCAGAUAUUAACCAACUGACAGAGUAUUUCUCAUACGAACAUUUCUAUGUAAUCUACUGCAAAUUUUGGGAGCUGGAUACAGAUCAUGACCUCUACAUUGACCGGAAGGAUUUAGCUCGGCACAAUGAUCAUGCAAUAUCAAAUAGGAUGAUAGAGAGAAUCUUCUCAGGAGCAGUAACAAGAGGUAGAAAAGCACAAAAAGAGGGAAAAAUUAGUUACGCUGAUUUUGUCUGGUUUUUGAUAUCUGAAGAAGACAAAAAGACUCCGACAAGCAUCGAGUACUGGUUUCGCUGCAUGGAUCUUGAUGGAGAUGGUGCUUUGUCUAUGUACGAACUAGAAUAUUUUUAUGAAGAACAGUGCCAAAAAUUAGAUAACAUGGCCAUAGAACCUUUGCCAUUUGAAGACUGUUUGUGCCAGAUGCUGGAUCUUGUGAAGCCACAAUACGAAGGAAAGAUUACUCUGCAUGAUUUGAAGAAAUGUAAGCUGACAAAUGUGUUUUUUGAUACAUUUUUCAACAUUGAAAAAUAUCUCGACCACGAACAGAAGGAUCAAUUUUCUGUGUUGCGGGAUGGUGAAGGUGAAAGCCAGGAGAUCUCCGACUGGGAGAGGUACGCUGCGGAGGAGUACGAUAUCCUGGUAGCAGAGGAGGCAGCGGGCGACCAGUGGAAUGAGGGCUAUGAAGCAGAGCUGAAUCCUGUAGACCAUCAGAAGACCAGUGUUCUGAAGUACCAAAUGGAGAAGAGACCAUUUUUUGAAAUGCCUUCCCAUCUGGCUGAUGUAGACUUGGAUGAAUACGACUAUGAAGAGGACUUUGAGUAGUGACCGAGUCAACACGUGCAGAAGGAAAAGGACAGUCUGCAGCAGGUCUGCCGCACACCUGUACAUUCGGUGGGGUUUGUUUCCAGGAAGUCAGCUGAGUUUUGUGCUAAAAAUAUUUAAUCACUAGACUACCUUUUAAAGAAGUGCAUUUGUAUGGAAUGAUGAAACUUUUUGUAUUUAUUCAAUAGUCUAUAGUUUGUUUAAAAAAAAUAGAUUAAAAUAUUUAUUUAUAGAUGUUGCAUAAUUCCUUCUUGGAAGAAUAACAAUAUUUGACUGUAAAGUAAUAUACUGUUUUUAAGAGAUGACUGUCUAACUCUGAGUUGAUGUGUGGUGCACUGACCAUCUCCGUCCCAUCUGUAAAGACGCCCCUGUCCUGGAAUGGGAAG